GCGCGCACUUCCAGGUCCCUAAGUGUCCCCAUGUGUCACAGGAACCUGCCCCUUGAAGAGACAUCUAAGUUCUGCAGACAUUCAGUCACAAAGAUGCGACAUCUCUCUUUGUUUUGUUUAAUUUCAUGGGGAUCCGUUUGGAGUGUGACUGGAAAGGAAUGUUACGAGCUACAGACAAGGGAAGAACAUUUUCAACAGAUCGUCCAAAGUACAAGGUCAAGGACAAAGGCAGUGAAGAAGGGUAGAAGAUACAAGACAGAAUUAGAGGACUAUGUGGUCUAUGAAGAGAAACUUAUUCGGCGUAACGUGACUUUCAACAUUACCAAAUGUUGUCAAGGUUUUCAAAGAGAGAAAAAAGGUUGCGUAGCAAAGCAAGACACGGUGAUUUUGAAGUCCAAUGUUCCGGAUGGGAUGAAGGUGUCGUCAGUGGCUGUUCCAACAAUCAUGUUGAUUCUGAUGUUUGUGGUGUCUGUCGCUGUUGUUUACCGUCUGUACUCCAAAGAUAAACCAUGCAAGGGGAUUAGUCAAACAAAGAACGGCAAUGAAAAACCAGUCAUCGAAGAAAACAAUGAGUUUUACACAGAAAUCCGGGGAUUAGAGGCCGAUUGUCGACAAUAUGACGAGCUACGUAAUCCACAGAGACACGCUGGAGGUAGCCCAAUGUAUGAAGAAGUAGAAAUCCAACAAAAAUCUACUGACAAUGACACCGAUAUUCAAGUCUAACUUUGGGAAAUGAAAAUUAACAAUAAAUAUUUGUGAAGCAUUUUGCUUUGAAGGCAGCUACAAUAAAUCUCUGCUAAAUAUUGA